UGUUCAAGCACUGUCAUUGUUCAAGCACUGUCAUUGUUACUAUAGUAAAUUCUCUUCGUUUUUAUCAAUAAUAAAUUCUCUUGCUCAGGAAUUUUAUAUUAAUUUAAAACCAUAACAGAGUAAUUUCGAUAUAAUUGUACAAUAGAAGAACAACAUGCAGAGUGUAAUUAAUACUGUUAAGGGCACUGCACUCGGGGUGGCCGGUUAUUUGACGCCUGUGCUCAAGGAAUCUAAGUUCCAUGAAACAGGAGUGCUGACUCCUGAAGAAUUUGUGGCAGCCGGAGAUCACUUGGUACACCAUUGCCCUACAUGGCAGUGGGCCAAGGGCGAGGAAGCGAAGAUCCGGCCCUAUCUUCCAAAUGAUAAACAGUUUUUGAUCACCAGAAAUGUGCCAUGUUACCGCCGGUGUAAACAGAUUGAAUAUUGUGAAGACAAUGAGAAAGUAAUAGAGUCAGAACAUGAUGAGGAUGGUGGCUGGGUGGACACACACCACUAUGACACAGCUGGGUCACCUGCAUUAGAAGAGAAGGUAUGUGAAAUGACCUUAGAAGCGGCUGACACAGGGGACAGUGACGGCGAGGGCGCAGGCGCCGACCCUGAUGAUGACGACGACGACGACGAUGAUGGAGAGGCCGAAGACAUGGAGCAGUUCCAAGAGUCGGGGCUGCUGGACGAAGUGGACCCAUCGACUGAUCUCGCGCCACGGAAGGAGCCGAAGCCGAAAACAGAGCGCAAGUGGAAACAAGCGGAGGGCGAUGAGAUCGUGCGCACGCGCACCUACGACCUGCAUAUCACAUAUGACAAGUACUACCAGACGCCGCGCCUGUGGCUCAUCGGAUACGACGAGAACCGGACGUUGCUGAGUGUGGAUCAGAUGUACGAGGACGUGUCACAAGAUCACGCUAAAAAGACAGUCACAAUGGAGUCACACCCGCAUCUAUCGGGACCUAGCAUGGCCUCUGUACAUCCAUGCCGGCACGCAGAAGUAAUGAAGAAAAUAAUAGAAACAGUAACGGAGAGCGGCGGCGAGAUGGGCGUGUACUCGUAUCUCAUAGUGUUCCUCAAGUUUGUACAGACUGUCAUCCCGACCAUAGAGUACGACUUCACACAGAACUUCUCCAUCAACUAGGCACUCUGAUACGAGUAAUGUAUUCUGUGAACUAGACAUUACUUUCGGCCCACUGAUUAUGUAUGUUGCUCAUUAUUUUUGAUAUGGUCUGUAUUAUCUAAAAGUCAUUAGCGAGCAAACAGUAAUAGGCUAUGGUGCUGCCUCUACAAAGCGAUUUAGGAACUAAUUAUUGUUGUGAACUAAUUCUAUUUGUUGCCAUUCGAUCGCUAUUACUGUUUGUCAAAUAAAAGUGUAUCUAAUUGAUUCAGCAAUUAGGAAGCAAUUGCACAAAAUAUCUUUAUUUUUUUACAACUUGUUACCAGCCACGAAGUAAUCGCGGAGUGUUUGUUAAAAAUUGAUUACCUAAAUCAGCCUGCGAAUUUAGUUUCGUGUAAAUGGGGCGUAGCUUGGUGGAUUUUCCCUCCAAAUUUUGACGGCUGGUGAUUGUGUGGGUGCUUUUUGAGACGGUUCAUGUCUCUCUGCGAUUAUAAGGGAUUUAUCAUCAAUGGUAUCUAUAUUGUAUAGUCCAAAAAUAAUUAGUGAUGUUCUAAUUAGAAGUGGGUACGAGAAUCGGUGCCAUUCCUACAAACACCAAAUUAUUACAGCUUUGUACAUUUGUUGUAAGUAUCGCUCUUAUGAAUAUCGCAUUUUAUAAGUGUAGUAGUUUUUUUUAUUAUUGCAUAUAGUUUUUAAGUGUCUGAUUAAUGCUUUAAUCAUAACUCGAUGGUGUGAGAGGUAAAAAUGUCCGAUACUUGAUAUAAAAAAAAAAUUCUUAUCUGCCAAUGUGCAACAAAUAAGAAAAUAACUUUUAAAAAUUGUUUUUGAAACUGACAUUUAAAAAAAGGUAUUUUUUUUUUCAUUUUGAUUUUAGCCAAUUUUUGAACGGAAUUUAUUAUAAUGUUAUUUAUAAAACGCCAUCCAUUUGAGUUUUGUUAUCGAAUUUCAUUUAUGUACUCGUAUUAUGAUAGCUUAAAAUACAAGUAUUUUUAUUCCAUUAUUUGUCAUGAAAUUUUGUUUUAGUACAAUUUAAUUUUAAAUAGGUAGGUACUUGAAGUUCGCCAUAAGGUAUCAUUGGGCAUUUUGGUCCUGGUCCACAUGGCAGCGAAACCUUGGCACCUUGAAAUUGGCUUGUGGAAGCAUUAGCAGUGAAUUUAGUCGUGACAAAGACUUGCUGACGAUGUUAGACUGCCGCGUGAACUUUGUUAUCUGAACUAACUUUGAACUAAAUUGUGUUUAUUUGAAUUGUAAGAACAGUAACGGGUUGCCAUGUGAUUGCCGCUAGUGAUACCUACAUAAUCCCCCCCCCCCCCCCGCGCCCCAAUAACGUGGUACCCUUUAACGCGUUUUCGUACGUUUUCGUUUUCGAAUUGAACAUUCUAUUAAAAAAAAUAUCAGUUGAACGUUAUUUAUUUGAAAUUAACUGUUUUUUAGUUACAUAUGCAUAACUUUUUUUGUUUAAAAUGUUCUAUAUUUUAAUAAAACAUACACAUUUCGUUCAUAACAUAAUUUUUUUCUUAAUAUUCGAUUUAAACCUGUUUUAAUGAGAAGAGUUAAACGUAAAUCAUUUGUACAUAACGCGUUAUACGGGGUCGUACAAGCGCGUUAUAUGGUCAUACAAGAGCGUUAUACGGAGUCGUACAAGCGCGUUAUAUGGUCAUACAAGAGCGUUAUAUAGGGUCGUACAAGCUCAUUAUGUGGUCGUAAAAGCGCGUUUUGUGGUCGUAAAAGUGCGUUUUGUGGUCGUAAAAGCGCGUUUUGUGGUCGUAAAAGCGCGUUUUGUGGUCGUACAAGCGCGUUAUACGGGCUCGUACAAGUGCGUAGUACGAGAAUACUCGUACAAUACGUUCUAUAACGCGAAACGAAUCUACCGUGUUAUAGGGGACAUUACUGUAUAAUGUACAGUAAAAGAUAGGUAUCAAUGCUGUCUCACUAACGCAAUCUGCAUUAGAAAUAAUCGAUUACAGAUGGCAGCUGAUUAACAUAGCUACCACCACGGUUAGCUACCUUUUAAAUGCACGUUAUAAGUGUUGUAUAAAUAUUGUUUGUUACAUCUGCUUCCAGUUAAUACGAUGUGCAAUUUUUUAUUUAUAUAUAAGAUAAUGUGGCUUAACCAACUUUUAUAUUUAUAUUACGAUUUUAGUUUAAAAUUCAAUAAUUAUUAUGAAUUUUUAAUAUAAUGAUAUAAGUUAAAGACUGCCGUACAAAAUGUUUUGGGAGCAUUCCUAAACUAACGGCCGGAACGUGAAUUGAGGAGGUGGUAACACACCUUUACACAUUUUAUGGACUAGAUAUUUACUGUGAUUAUUUAGUGGUAGCCAUGAUGCUAUUCGCGUCUAUACACGACGGUUACCAUUUUCCAUCAGGCGGGCCGUCAGCUUGUCACCUGAAAAUACUGUGUGAAAAUAUAUCACAGGAAAAUGAUGAUGUUAGAGAUAUUGUCGUAUUAUUGUAAUUUUUAGCAAGAUGUCUUAAUUAAUUGACAGCUUCCCUUAUUUUGCGAGAUCCCUAAUAUUCUCAUUUCCCUGCAAUGCUCUCAAAUGGCCUCAGUUUACGUUCCAGUCGUUUUAAGUUAAAUAUAAAAAAAAUGAUAUUUUUUAAGGCUCAUUUCUGAAUCAUUAGGUUGUUUUUUGUUUAUAUUAGAAAUGUAGAUAUUUUGUUUCUUAAGUUAUGGUUAUGUAUAAUAUUCUAAUAUGUAAAAUAACAGAGCUAUGUUACUACAAGCUAUCAUGCGAUGUGUUUAUUAUGUUUUUUUUUAAGUUAUUUUGGUAUAAAACAUUUUACUACA